AUGAAAAAACGUAGCACAAGUGUCGAGAAAAUAUAUUCUGUACUAGAUUUGGACUCAUUUUCACAAUGUUCAUACCAAGUUCAAGCUCAUGCCCGUCUUCCUUAAAUGGGUAACGGGAGGCAGAGUGCUGCCAAAUUACCACAAGGCGCCACUGCGUGGCGCGAGAGUGGUGAGCACAUCCCCCCGCUCUGUUGAGCGUGAUGCGAGAGAGAUCUUCCGUAGAGAUGAGCUCAUCCGUGCCUUCUGUUGAGCAUGGCGCGCACUGGCCGCGGCGCGCGAGAGAUCUUCAGUUGAGCAUGACCCGCGAGAAGUGGGGCAAUCCCUCCCUUCUGUUGCGUUUGCCGCGCGCGAGCUGAGUGCAGACUCUCUAUCUGUUUAGUGGGGCUCCCCUACUGUCUUGACACACUGACAAGGUUGCGCAGGUAGAGACACUCCGGUCCGCGGUGACUCUCUGUGGCGAGGGAACUGGUCAGGUCCUUUGAGCGGCUUUUCUUAGCUGUAGAGCACUCAGCCGCGAAGUAAAGCGUCUGCUCCUCCAAAGCUCCGCGCUCCUCAGUCCCUCGGAUCCUGACUCGCUUCCGCCUUGGCACCUCUUCACCGCCAUCAUCCUCGACUUGGUCGCCUUCGAACGGCGCGCCUUUCGCGAGUCUCGCACAGACUCCCGCAGUUGCACUAGCGCUGCAUCCUUAAGCCGGCCCUCUGCGUGACGUGAGGCGUAGCCUUCCGUCUUGGCCCGGAUGCCGCGCCCUUUUGGUCCCUGUUGGGUCGCGACUGUCCUGGGCGGGCUGGCCGCUGCAUCGCGUUCCCGUGUUAUGGCUACGAAUCUCGACCAUACUAACACCGGCGGACUGAUCGGGCCCCGCGUAUGACUCUCGGGCUGCAUGAUGUUGGAGCACCGCCAGGCGUCCUAUAGUAACUAACUAACUAGCUCAAGCUCAUACUGUUCUGUAGAUGAUCGAAGCGAGGUUGUCGAUCCACGCCACAAGUGGCUACUCACCAGGGGCGACACCCAGUGGAAUAAGAGGUGAAAACGAAGAAGCCGCUGGCUUGGACGAUUAAGGGGAUGCUGCUUCUUUACUAGGACAUGAUGACUCUCGUGGAUUCUAGAACAAUCCUGGCGAUUGUCAAAGAAUCAACUCUGGCUCAGGUUUAGGAAUUUGUUGCGAAUAAGACGAGUUCAAUUGUUGCACCAUGAAAGAAGAAGAUCAAACAAGAAAGCCAAGGCAUUGAAUUGGCAAGAUGUUCGAAGUAUGUGAAUGCAAAACCCUGCAAGUUUCUGAGCAUGAUGAAGCGCAAAAGCGAGCGAGACAGCUGACACCUGAAGAGUAACAGCAUGAGCAUCCAACUAAUGCCGUGCCAUUUACCACCUUGGACAUGAAUACCAAAAGCGUUGAUUGAACAGCUUAGGCCUUGAGUCAGUGGCAUGAAGUUUGGUAAGUUUGUGCACAACGUUGAGGAACCAACAAGCAAAGAAGUAAGAACCCAAGAACUUGCAACCGCUGCAGGCUGAUUCUCGUCCCACAGCAAAGCUGUGCUCGUGUCUUCGUUCGUUCUCCGCGUAAUUCUGUUUCGACAGAGUUAUGGGCCCAAAUCCGUAGAGUCUUGGGCCCAUUAAUUUGUCUGGCUUCCUUUGCUAUUCGAUUCUGAUUCGGGGUGGGGACUGCUAGCGAACAAGCAGCAGCAGGAGGAGGCGCCGCCUUGUCGAAAAAGCAGCGAAAGAAGCGCGACGAGAAAGAUGCUCAACCACAGGCGAGCGCUAGUAGUGGCGUGGCAACUUCUUCAACAAGUGCCGCUGGCGAAGCAACUAGUGACAAGCAAGAAGAUGCAGAUCCAGCACAUGACACCGAGCCAGUUACAGCAGCCGCAUCCGAAAUCGUGGAUGUUUAGAAGGGGCCAGCAACAGGCGCCCCAGUGUUCGAAGACAAGAAGGCCAGUGACGAUCUUCAUCAGAGUGGCCAAGUGUUCCCUAGCGAAGCAGGCGCGUUAGAGCCUGCUACUAAGAAAAACAAGAAGAAGAAAGAUGCUGAGGUAGACCUUCCAGACCUACUUUCAACAUCUGAAGACAUGUCCGUCGACGAAAGUUCAUCAUCCGACUCGGACUCUGAUGGUGAAAGUUCUAGCCCAUCAUCUGACGAAGAUUCAUCAUCUGCCUCCGAAUCAGAAGAAGGCGACGAGGAUCCGAAGAAGAGCCCGAAAGGCAAGAAGAACAAGAAGAAGAGCAAGAAGGUUAAGGAGUCAUCUCCAUCUCACAAGGAGGCGCUCAUAUCCGCCAAGAUCUUGAAGCAACUCACGAAGAGAACGGCCAAGAAGAAAAGCCACAAGAAGAAGAGCGAGAGUGCAUCUUCUAGCAACAAGGAUAACAACAUGAGCAAGAUUCCACCGCACAAAUCAUCCGCGCCAUCAUUCGGGCGAUACUUAGCACGAGCAGCCAAGAAGUGCCACGCUUCCAAAGUCUUAGACUGUAUCGAGGGCAAGAUCGAAGUAGCGGACAUUCUCCAAAAAUAUACGGAGACCAAGGAGCGAGCAGAGGGCACUUGUAUACGAUCACACAAAGACAAGCUGACGAAGGUCGUCUAUCUCUACCGUACGUAGUGAGAACAAGUCAGAGGAGAUGCAACGCACGGACCUCGAAGGGACAAAACAAGGCAGAAACGAGCGACCAUCUGCGCGGUUCAAGAGGUUUCAAGGGGCGCAGUGCGUAAUGCAGCCUGGUGUGAUCAGUGGCGCCGAGCUUUGUCGUAUGGCUCAGCGCCAAACUUGUGGCGUAGCAAAGUCGACGAUCAUCCAAGACAAUCCAUCUUCAGGGUCGAAAUUGGCUGAAGCGGUUAGUAAAGCAGAGAAGCUGUCCACAGGAGAGCCUCCGGCAGCAUCUGGCACCGCGUUAGAUGUCAACGGUCACAGUUUGCAUUCGAACUUCGCGCCUUCUAGUGCGUAUUUUAGUGGUGGCAAAAAUCAGCAGCCAUAUCAGCAGAAAGGUGGCAAGUCGAGCAAGAACCACCAUAGCAACAAGGGCGGAAAAGGCAAGGAGCCUCGCACAUGUCACAUUUGCCAAAAGUCAGGCCAUAUUUCGAUCGACGGCAGGUGGAAUCCGAAUUCUCAAAAUUAUGCCGGUGCUCAGUGGAAUGGUGGCAAAGGUGGAAAUCAGCACAAUCAGCACCCACCUAGCAACCACCUCCAGCAACCAGCGUUCUGGAAUCAGCCGCGCCAAAGUCCCGCUAUGAUGAAUGUGAACCCGCCCCAAGUGUUCUAUGCACAUCAGCAGCAGCAACAUCAUCAAAGUGCUCAACAACAGCAACAGGCGCAGCAACCUGUAGCACAGCAACAAGGUCACCAGCAGCAGCAUGCUAACUAUGUGAACCAGAGUGAAGCAUAUGACUGGGGUCAGCAUGUGAGUGCCAAUAUGGGAUCAGGACAGCAGUCCUUCAGUGGUCUCGUCUUCGAGUCUACGUCAGACAACCCACUGGCAACGCCUAGCACUACUACGCCGCUAGCUGGUAGCGCUUUCAACGUGAACGACAGCAGAACGCCCGCAACUACGACCGAAAACGGCACGCAACUUCGAUGGUCGUGCAUCAUCGAUUCAGGCGCGAGUAAGCACAUGUGUGGCGAUUCUAGCUUGUUGCUUGACAAAGCGUUCGAGCUUCGACAGUUUCAAACAGCUGGCGUGGAUCCGGUUGAAUCUCGCCAAAAGGGAUCGAUGCGUGGGCUGUGUUUCAAGUUUUCGAACGUUUGCCACGUGCCAUCGUUGGGACCAAAGAUCUUGGUCAGCGUUUCGCUAUGCCUCACGAAUGGGAUUCCGAUUGAUCUUACGCACAAUAAGUUCGUGGAUAGCUAUCGGAUGGAGAUAAGGGAAGGCGUGCUACAGGUACGGCCGCCGUUCUACCCGACAAGUGAGACGCGGGAUACUGUCUUGGUCACAACCGCGGCCGAAUUCCUGGAGAAUCUCUGGCGCUUAUCCUAUGAUAGCUUUGGUUGUAAAGUUGGACUAAACUUGGAAGAGAGAUUAUCUUGCUAUGAAGUAGACUUGGAUAAUCUCACAGGGCAAGAGACUAUAAACGAAGUGGUCCAUAAUAGGAAGAAGGGGGUCGUCUUGCUGUUCUCGAACUUCUCAGAUGAGGCGGAAAGGAGAGUCGGAAUCCUCUCCACUUAUGCUUAUCUCGAUGAAGGAGGCUCAGUCCAAGGCGGACCUGAUGGAGACCCUCUGUGGAGGACGUUUGAGAUAACUGGCGAAGAGAUAAAAGAAGCGAAAGAGAAAACUCGACUGAUGGACGAAGUGAAGAGCACGGGCCUACUGGAUACAGUCAACUUCGGAAGCGAUAGCGACUGCAGUAGUGUCGGCGUAGCUCAAAAGGAAGAACAGAAGGCGAGGAAGAAGACUACGAUCUUGAUGAUGACGCUGGAAAUGAAGUAGAAGAAGACGAAGUGGUAGAUGGCCCUGGUUAUGAAGGGAUAGAGCUGGAGAGCACUAAUGAGCGAGAAGACUCAAAUGAAGAGGGAAAAAGUAACAAGAAGAAGAAGAAGAAGCCAAAGAAAAAGAGAAAAGCUAACGUGGGUAGUGACUCGGAUACUAAAAGGAUACGACCAGCGGCGAAGCGUCGAAAGUUGGACCCACCUGCGGCUUAUCCUAGGCCGAAGAUCAGCUACGAGCAUGCCUGCAAUAUAGGGGCUAGCUUAGCCUUUCCGACAUUUCAGAAAUUGCGGGAAGUCGUCAGCGCAGUCGACAACUCUCCACAGGCUAAAGCCUGGGUAGUUCACUUCUGUAGACAUAACCUUAACAGGCUAAAAACGCACGCGCUUCCGCGCCACAGGUCAGGAGGAAUCGACGCAGCAAGUCUGCACGAUUGGGCCUCUUUUGGCACGUUCCUUCCCCUCGGUGAGGAUUGUGCUGUCUUGCAUGGUAUUAACUUGCUCAGUCGGGCUAGUGUAACAAACUAAGACCUUGCCUAGAAGUGGCGUCAAGGGAAAGGACGCGGUAGAGUUCCUAGAGACGUGCAAAACUCGAGGACUCUUAGGGCGUGGCAUUUUGUGCGACCAGGGUAAGGAGUUUGACAGUCAUGAGGUGAGGGAGUAUUGUCAACUGAGUAGUAUUGGCCUACUCUUAGUCCCUAAAUCUAGUUGGGUUAGCGGUAUCUGUGAACGUCGACACAGAUCCUUACGCGGAGUUUUGCGCAAGCUCUACUACAUAUAUGGACAGAGAGCCAGCAUAAUCCCGAGGCUAGUUGAACAGACGGCAAACGCGACUAACGCUGCUCCUACUAAGUCACUUCAAGGGCUAUGCCCUUAUAUGGUUCAGUGGGCUAUAAACCCAUGGAAGAUGGAGCUAGACUGUCCUGAAGAUAUGACGACCCAGCAACUGGCCCUGUUGCAUAAACUAGACCCCGAAGCAGGUCAAAUUAUAAGGAUGAAGGCAAGGCAAGAAGUUGAAGCCUGGAAAUACGACAAGAAGACCACCGAAGAGGUGAAGAAGUUGGCCGAGAGACAGCGCAAUGCCUAUCCAGAGUCGGCUUGUCUGGAAGUUGGGCAUCUGGUAGACAUUUACGACAAGGAAAAACAGGCAUGGAUGGGACCUGCAAAGUUGAUCUUCAGACAAGUGAGCAAGGAUAGUCUGACAUUUAUAGUCGACUACGAUGGAUGCUUCAAGCGAGUGCAUGAAUCUCAUGCGAGACAGCGCCUAGCGCUUGAUGGGAUGGGCCUUCCUCCGCAGCUUCUCCGCGUACUGUACAAGACUCACAACGUUCCACCAAGUGAGCAGAAGGAGACCAGAAGUGGCGAGCUUGUUGAACAAGCCACCCAGAUGAAGAUUGGAAAAGACGGGCCACAUUCGCCUGGACCUGCGUGCCCCGAUGAAGAAAAAGGCUUAGAGCUUUUUGAAGAAGCAGAUCAUGCCGAGCGGGUGCCGGGUGAGACCCGAAUCCUACUCCACAUGAUGGGUCGGCAGAGGAUGCCGAUUCUGGCGGGGAUAAGGGCGCUACUCCUUCGCAACGCGAGCAAGAUGAAGUCUUGCCAUCAAAAGGGUUCAGGCUGGCGAAAAGCUACACAGGCAAAGUCUUUGAGGACUUGAAAGCGAAAGAAGCUAAAAAGCUAAGAGAAGUGCGGGAGAAGGAGGAAGUGCCGGCAGGAGUAAGAGGCGCCUGGAAGAAGAAGAAAGAAGCGCGAGAGAGUGCUCUUGAGCAGAUCUGGGAUAUGGUAUCAUCAUGGCGCAGCCAGAGCAUUCGGACCCCAAGAAGCAACAACUCGAAAAAGUAGCGUCGAGUGUGUGUGAGAAAGUGAAGAACAGCGACGACUUGAAGAAGACAAUCCACAACGAGCUUGGACUGCUUGCGGUCGUUGCCCCGCUCGUUUGUGAUGAUUGGGAGCCAGGUGAGAAAGUAUUCAAAGCUGUGGCUAUCCCAGACCAUGGGUCUGGCUUUGACACUUCUACACCAGAAUGGCAAGAAGCUACUAAGAAAGAGCGGAAGGCGCAUUCCCAUGCGUUUGGAAGAGCAACAGACGAAGAUCCGAGAAACUGGAAGAAAACAGGAAGCAGGGACGUCCCUCGUAAGAUGCUACUAACCUAAGUGUGAAGAGAUGUGGCAGGAAAAAAGCACGGAUCGCGUGUCUUGGUUUCUUGGACAAAAUUCCUGGCAACGAAGGCGGGUAUGCCUCUGUGCUUGAUCUAGCGAUCUUGCGCAUGCUCGUUGCUAUGAAGUGCCAAAGUCCAUCGGUUUUCGUCUUUCUUUGUCCUUCCGAUGCCACAAGUGCACUUCUCCAAGCUCCAUAUCCCGUGCCAGUUGUCACCGAACUAGGCCACAGGCUAGCAGAACUCCUUGGAUACAAGUUGGGAAAGGUCAAGUAUGCUAUGAACGGGCUGGGAUUGUCUUCUAAAGCCUGGGAAACGCAUCGAGAUAAAACUCCCACGCAGUUUGGCUGGAAUCAAAACCCACUAGAGAGCACGCUUGGGACUAAGCGAGGAGCUUCACUGUGCGUCUUUGUGGAUAGCUUCUAUUUCUUUGGAAUGAGGGAAGCAGUCAUGGUCGUACAUAAUGAGACGCAGCCCGCACUUAAGCUUCAACCAGAGCCAGUGCGGGAGACUGCUACUCUUAGGAUCUUUGACAUUCUCGGAAUAGAGUUACAUGAGUGCAAGCGAAGUGGUAACGUAACACUAUCCCAAGGCGCCUACGUAAGCAAACUACUUGAGCGCUUUGGCGGGGAUAGUGGAAAGAAGGCGAGCACACCAAUGGAAAGCGCUCCAAGUAUUGGCUUGCCUGAAGUGCCUAGCUUGUUGAAGGCUAAGCAGGAACUUACGGGAAGUUUGCAAUACUUGUGUCUAACAAGAUUAGACACCGUAGUGCCAUUGAAGACGUGCGCGAAAGUGGAAGCAACUGAGGAAAGCUUAGCAAGCUUGAAAAGGAUUAUCAGAUACUUGCGAACGCGAAGACCUUUGAUGUACUUAUAAAAACCGUUCACAUGAGUUCAGGGGAAAGCUCAUCCUUACAGCUUGGCCAGACAGCGACUGGGCGCCCUUUGGUGAUAGACGCUCAAUCUCAGGCAUAGCGAUCAAUCUCAACGGGAACCCUAUUGCCUGGGAAAGCGCUAGUCAGCAUAGUGCUGCUAGUAGUGUCAGCGAAGCUGAGCCGUGUGGGAUGUCAGAAGCCGCGAGGAUGGCUAUGGGGUUUCGCUACGUCUUGGCAAGUUUGAGACCAUUCUGGACUCAAUUCUUUGAUGAGUCAUCUAUAGUGCUACCAGUUGAGUUAGGAUGCGACAACUCUGGAUCGAUCAAAUAUUCAGAGAAAAAGGCUGGAGUUGCUAGUCGAUUGAAACGCAUCGACGUCAGGGAUGCUAUGACUGAGGACUUCUGUACUAGACGACUCAUAAAACCAAUUUGGCACAGUACCAAACUGAACAAGUCAAACGGACUUACUAAAGUAACUACUGGCGCAGAUUUCUUUGAUUUCUUGAGACUCAGCCAAGUGAUUGAGAUUUAAGGCCUCCUAGUGUUCCCUUCCAUUUAGGACGAAGCUACAGCUCAGCUCUUAUGUAAGAAGGGGCUACGGCUCUUUUUUACGAAAGUUGAAGACUCUAGUUGAGAAAAGUAUAACAACCUUUCCGACCAAAAAACGCCCCAACCCUACAAAUACAGGGCGUCCCUCAGUACGUGAAGAAAGCAGAAGAAGCCGUUACGAAAAUAAGAUGAAUCUGAAGAGACGAGCAAAGCGAUGGACUCAGAAGCUUUGGAGUAUGGGGAGGCUGUUGCGAAUAAGACGAGCGCAAUUGUUGCACCAUGAAAGAAGAAGAUCAAACAAGAAAGCCAAGGCAUUGAAUUGGCAAGAUGUUCGAAGUAUGUGACUGCAAUACUCUGCAAGUUUCUGAGCAUGAUGAAGCACAAAAGCGAGCGAGACAGUUGGCACCUGAAGAGUAACAGCAUGGGCAUCCAACUAAUGCCAUGCGAUUUCCCACCUUGGACAUGAAUACCAAAAACGUUGAUUGAACAGUUUAGGCCUUGCGUCAGUGGUGUGAAGUUUGGCAAGUUUGUGCACAACGUCAAGGAACUAACAAGCAAAGAAGUAAGAACUCAAGAACCUGCAACCGCUGCAGAUUGAUUCUUGUUCCACAGCAGACCUGUGCGCGUGUCUUCGUUCGUUCUCCGCAUAAUUCUGCUUCGACAUGAAAGAAGCUGGAGCUGCGCAGUUGGCUCUGAGAUAGUUACGCUUAUUUAUCAUUUAGUGCCGGCGAAAGUCAAAGUGGCCACGCUUCUGACUGUUCUUUUUCAUCAUUAUAAUGAUAGUACAACUACUACUACUGAGACUAGUCAUUUAUCAUUUGUCUCUACGAUGGUCGCGAAGGGCCAUAUAAUCAGGGGCACACACCACGUGGCGUUAAUAUUUAUCAUAGUAGUGACACAUCGUAGAACUAGUUGUUACACUUGUUUAUCAUAAAAGUACUUUUAGUGACCUAAGCCUUUGGUCAGCACAAUGCGGCGGCCCUUUAUCUGAUACUUCAACAAAAGUCAAAAUGUACUUGUAACAUAUUAAAAGUGUAGUAGUACUAGUUACUUUCGAAAUAAUAGUCACAUGAUCACGAUGAAGUUCACGAUGGUAGAAGCUGCGUGUCGUGUUUCCAUGAUACGGUCUACAAUCUGAUGUCGUGUGCCAAAGUCUGUUUACUAGUCCGCUAUAUGAUGUUUGUAGGUGGUCUACCUCCUCUCAUUUCUCACUUCAACAUAAAAUCAGAAGUAAUCUUGUCGUUCUAUCCUUGCUACUGAAGAUGCUUUGAUGUUCAUGUUGGUGCCCUCUUGUUAUAAAAGUUUAGAUUUUGAGAGAAAGAAAGUCCGGUCUUGAUGGAGAAAGUCUAGG